AUGACCGAGAGUGACACAUGUAAACGCGGUGCAAGACUAUGUUUGAAUUCAGAGAAGCUUCAGAGACUAAUAGAACUAUCCAACUGGUUUCUCGAUGAGGCUUACAAGAAGGGAUCAACGUCGCUGCAAGCAGAAGAGAAUUUACUAGAGUACAACAACUAUGUGAGGGCAAGUCUCAGCUGUCUAUUCAGUGCGCUCGAACAGUACAAGGGAUUGUUCAUGCCGGCAGAUGAGGUCUUUAUCCACUAUAAAAUCACGGAGAUCUUGCUUAGAGAAACUACAAGCCUUGAUCUCGCGUCAGAUUACUGCAGUCGCGGAUUGCAGCUCGCCAAAAGAAGCGACUCACUGGAGUAUCAAAUUCGUUUCGAACUUCUGAACUUCGAGAUACAAUAUUUGACAGACAGAUCCAAAGGCAAAAAGAGAAGUUUCUCUUAUUUCAUGAACAUUGGAGAAUGUUGCGAAUCUCUGAAUAGCAUUACAUUGACAAGCAUCAUAGAAUAUUUAAAAAUUCAAUAUUUUGGCAUGAUCUUCGAGGAAGACCAGAUAUACCGCAACUAUGACCGCAUUGUGGAACGACUCGAGGCUAAUUUGACCGAGAAGACAUUUGCGUUUCUCCAGCUAGCUCUUGUUAGCCAGCUUCAAUUCCAUUUAUUUAGUGGUAGCUCGAUAGAGUUUGCAUUGGAGAAAUACAACAGACUAAAGGAGUCUCAGGGAAAGUAUCCUCAAUAUAUGAAGUUCCUUCCUCCGCAGUUCAAGGCCAUUACUCAGAUUUUGGACCUUUUAAUAUCCAUUCAGGAUGACGACUUCAAGAGCACCAAAAGCAAAAUGAGUAGAAUCGAUGCUUUGAUCAGAGAGCUGAAGGCGUUGGAAUUUUGGGCCAGAAACUUUCGAUUUUGUGUCCCCGUCGAGGUCAAGGUGGCUGAACAAGAGUUUGUGCUACCGUUGCAGAUCAAUUGGGUGACAUUGCGCGAGUUCAGCAUGUUGUCUUAUUUUUACUGUGGUGUCUCGUAUGUGAUAAAAUCUUGGGAUGGCAAGAAUCGCACAGAAAUGCUGUUUGCACAAUGUCAGAAAUACAUCGGCUACGAGCUCAGAGAGCACGUUCUGAUCUCCAGCACUGAAAUGGAAGCUAAAGUUCUUCGUCUGAAGUAUUUUGGCUUAUUGAUUAAUUUCUAUCAGGUCCUUGCUAAAUUCCAGUGUAACCAGUGGCACUCUUUUAACAGGGAAGAAUUCCCACAACUAUUUAGGUUCAUCGAGGACUACAAUUCGGGCCGCUUUUCCUCGCAGGAGCUUGUGAUAUACCACAAAUUUGUGGACAAGGUAUACUUCCUGCUCGCAUUGCAGAGCCAAAGAAUGAACAAUUUGGAUGCAGCACUACACUACUAUCUCAAACUCCGAGAGUUCCAUUCCUCAUCCUCAACAGAGCUUAACGACUACAAUUUCUUCAGCGACACUAUUUUGGCUUCCUACAAGCAAACCACGAGCGGCGUGGGUGGCUGUCUACAGGAAGCCAAAGAUUAUCAUAAUCAGCUAUACUUUCUCGCGACGCUCAAUCUGGUGAUAUUGACGGUCCACAACCUCAGACAUCUGAAGCUGCGCAACGUUUCAGAAUUUGAUGAAGAUUACCACGUCCUGAUGGACCGUUAUGCCAGGUUUCUGAAGUUAAAGAAUAUACUGCACGACGAAUUGGUACAGAUGCGAACUCUGUACAAGACGAACGUCUUAUUGAGCUCCACACUUGACAUUUUUGUGCAGUACAUAUUAGCCGAUGAGGGACAGCCGGUGGAGUUCGAGUCCGCUCACCUGGAGAAGUUUUCGCAGGUCUCUCCAUUGCUGCUAUCUUUAGUGUAUUUCGUGAAAGGAGAGACGAUCAAAAUGAACCGAUCGCAGUCCGAGCUUGAGCAUUUGAAUAUGAAAGUUCAGCUUUACAACCAGAGUUUCAAGUCGUCAUGCAAGCAGAGCGGCUGUGGGCCCAACGCGGUUGGCUACAUUGCGCUGAAAGAGAUAUCUAACAUCAUCGAAAAAAAUCAGAGUUGUUUCGAUAAGGAAAAGUUAGACAACAUCCAGCUGAAAAUCAAAGACGUGAAGCAAGGCUUUGCAACUCGUAAGCGAAAGCUAGAUUGA